AUGGAUAGCCCUGAGUAUUUCAUCAGCUGGGGGUCAGAGAGAUACGUUCCUCUACAACGAUUCAAAGACCUCCAGUCACAUCGGCACGACCUCAUUCGAUACCAUGGAGAGGUCCUCGAGACAGCUCAAACCUUCACACAGCAUUUUUCGAAACAGCCGCUGCAAAGCUAUGACAUGGAAAGGUCGCUGAAAAAGAACAUGGGUUGUGGCCCCUCAUGUGUGAAUGAAGAUGCAGAUAGCACAUCCAUCUGUUGGUUGGACAUUGUUCGUCAUGGCAAUUUCCAGGAACAAAGUGAGGGGUAUUACUGUUUCAUUCAAGGGAAGGUGUUUUUCCACGACCAGCAAUUACAAAACAGAGUCGACUUUUGCCGAAGCUACGCCCUACAUAUUUCCAAUUCGGGGCCAAGUCACGAAGAAGUAGAGAGGGAGGUGGAGGCCACUAUGGAGAUAUUGACUGAUAUCUCAAACGAACUAACUGACGUUCCAAAAUAUACAAACGGACUAAAAAAUCUUCAACGAGCAAUGGAGAUACGCUUGAGCAACCUUCUAUCCCUCCUGGGUCGUGGCAUAACAUCCCACGCACCAUCUAGUUCAGCACAGUCAAGCUCAUCCAAUGGCUCAAGCGGGUCGGAAGCCUCUUCAGACGACGACCGCGAUAAACCAGUAGCGAUGAAUUUAGACCGUUCCGAGUCGGGUGAGGAUGAGUCGGGAGACGAUAGUACGGAGGAUGAUGACUCGGAGGAUGAUGACUCGGAGGAUGAUGACUCGGAGGAUGAUGACUCGGAGGAUGAUGACUCGGAGGAUGAUGAUUCGGAGGACGAGGGUCCAGGUGAAGAGGGCCCAGAGGACAAUGGGACAGAAAAUGACAAUCCUGGGCAUUUCAACCAUCAACAGAGGAGCAAUGACUCUGACAAUGGAGGCAACGUGGCCCCAGACGAUGGCACAGUGGUUUCAUUAAACCCUUUGCCCUCGAGAACUUCAUAUUCGAUGUCUCUAAUAGCAGAGGAUGAAAAUGCCAUCUCAGCAGGUCAUGCUUCUCUGCUAGAAGAAACCGGAAAUGCUGUCUCGGGGAACCCAAUCACCUCGAAUGGCUCAUCGUCCAUCUCUUCACCAACGGAAAACCAAAAUGACGAUCCAAUCGAUACUGUAUCCUCACAAGAUGAGCCCCAGGUGGAUGCGCACUCACCAAUCCCAGAAAGUCUCACGCAUGACGGGCGCAACACGCCCAUCGAAAGUGAGGGUCCAUCUUCUCGCGCAGUCAAACGCCGGAAAUUCAACAAAAUAUCGAAACCACAGAAGAAACCACCAAAGAGCAAUCGCAUAUCUAGCUAUGAAGAGAGAUCGAUUGCUAUUGCCUGGACAAAGGCCUGGAUAGAAGCCCAUUCAGGCGAAAAAUGGAGACAAGUGACACUCGCCAGAGAAUAUAACAUCAAAUUCGAUGGCAACCGAUCUUACAGCACCCUCAAGACAUGGAUGGAUGAAAGAGAAAAUCCUCAACCGAAGAGCCGGAUUGUGGUAUUGAAAUUUCCUAUUCCGUAUCUGCGCGAGGCAUUAUCGAAUGACAAUUCUUCAUAG